AUGAAAGCCGCAAUAGUCGCUCUUUGCAUCGUCGCGUGCGUGUACGCGAAUAGCGACCAGGAGGCUAAGGUGCUGCGAAGCGACUACGAAUUGGCACCAUCUGGUGACUUCCAGUACGCUUAUGAAACCGACAACGAUAUUCAGGGAUCCGCCCAGGGAAAACUGAAACCUUUUGGAAAGGAUGAGGUAGCCCUCGAAGUUUCUGGAUCUAACUCAUACAAAUCCCUUGAAGGCACCGUUUAUGAAGUAAAAUACGUUGCCGAUGAGAACGGAUACAGGCCCACGGGUGAUCAUCUCCCCACUCCUCCUGCCCCAGUUCCCAUUCCUGAAUAUAUCGAGAAGGCUAUCGCGUACAUCGCAGCUCACCCCUACAGCGAGAAGAAGGAGUAA